GCACAAAGCCAUCAAACCCUCUGCAACUUGAACAGGCAAAGCAAAGCAAUAUCCAUUUCUCGUCUUCACUCGUCAGUCUUCAUUUUCAAUUUUUAUCUCCCACCGGUCACUACUCUGCGUCAUUCUCUCUGACUCGGCGGCAUCACGAAGUCAUUCUCUCUGACUCGGCGGCAUCACGAAACCAGCGGCUUACCAUCGUCUUCUUCUCCUCCAACGACGCAGCGACGCCAUCCUUUCUCCUCCACGCCAUCGUCUUCUUCGCAUUAGUCACCACCAGCAGCCAAUGACACCAUAGUAUUCUUCUCUUCUACUCCACAGUCCAUCGACGCCAUCUCUCUUUACUGCUCCUCGCUGCUUACACGAGUCAACGACUGCAGGAGAGAACCCGAAAGACUACAUCAAUGGCAGGCCAAGCUGCAAAAUCUGUGGCAAAGACAAUUGGAGGGUACCAGUACCCCUGGCGCGAGAAGUUGGCUAAACACAGCUCUGAGCUAUCCAAGGGUGUGUGGGGUUACUGGCAUCUAGGGGCAUGGAAGCCGCCUGGAAUCAGUGCUCGUCAUCGAGCUAAAAUUAGAAGGGAAGUGCUCCUCGCGGGACAGGAUUGGCCAUAUGAUCCAGCAAGGAAAGAAAUGAGAACCAAGAGGAAAGGGCACAAAGUUGACAGGAUAGCUGCAGAGAAACGGGAAAACACUGCCAAGUUGAUGGUGAAGAUGCCACAAAUGUUGCUUGAUUACAAGAAGCGCGUGUGGGAGAAGAGGAUGAAGGAAGAAGAGAAGAACAAAAGCUGAUCUUGUGUGAAAUGCUGCUUUGUUUUGAGUCGUCCUUGUUUUGGUUGAAUGACGUUGGUGUACUUUGCCUGUGUUAAAUGUUUGCAAGAACCACUAGAAGGUAUGUUUGCAUCAUCACUUCAGUAGUGUAUAAGUGCCAACAUUUUGUUGUGUUGGCUAUUGUCUUCUUUUGGUGUAAAAUUUACCCCUUUUUAAUCUUUCUUGCAAUUGUUUCCAGUA